AUGCCCCCUGUUCUUGUGGAUCUUCAUUUUUAUCUUUCUUGGUACAAUCAUUCGCACCAUGCUCUUGCUGUCCCUCCUGUUAGUACAGCGCCCCCUGCUCAAAAGGUCACCAACAAACAAGUUGCUGCAGCGAAGGUUGUCAAAAAAACUGCUGACAUGGACGCCCAGGUUAAGAGAGCUGCCCCAAAAAAGAAAACAAUUAAACCUGCAUCCAAUGUUGUUGCUCAACAGCCUCCUUUGUCCAAAGUCCCUCCUGUACAGCCCAAGAAGACCCAUGUGACUGUCAGUGAAACGAAAUUCAGGCCUGGAAACCCCAUGCUUUGCCAAGGAGUUCCCACAGCGGCAACGGUCAACGCGGUCGAAGCUGAUGAGGAAUAUGAAGGAGCAUCUGAUGCAGAAGAGGUGGUUACAGAUGGUGAGCUGCGUGACGAGAAUGAUGAUGAUGAUGACCACAACGACGACGACGACAAAGAUGAAAAGGAGCAAGGCGGUGACUCCGAAGACCUCGAAGACUUCAUUGAAGAUGAUGAAGACGCACUUGAGGACGAAGAAUACGAGGAGGAAGAGGAGGAAGACAAAGGUGACAAAGAUGUUGAAGAUGACUUGAACAAUCUUGAAGAGCAAGGAGGUAUUCUUACUGACAAAGGAGAGGACAUUGAGGAGCCAAUUAAAAACGUCCCCGCACCUCCCAUCGACGAUGUCUUUACUUCUGCCCCAACUCUCCGGAAAUCCCGCAAAAUCAAAAGGCCGAGGGAGUCUACCUCUACACCUGAGUUUCCUACGCAUCGGUCACAAUUGCCAGCAACACCCGCAACUCCUGUUGCAGAUAGGUCUCUUACCAAACGUAUGUGCACAGAACCUCCGCCUACGCCUUCUCCGACAAAGAGGGCCACCCCCAAGAAGAAAGCCGGCAAAACUCCUGCUACUCCUGCCAGGCAAUCAGCCCGCAAGGCUGCUGCAGAAACUCCGUCCUCCAGGAUGAAUGCUCUUUCUAUCGUCAAUAUUGGAACUCCUUCUUUGAUAUUUGAAAGCAAAUCUCCUUCAAAAAAUACCCGCAAAGUGUCGACACCUCGUUCCAAGAUUGCGAAGAAGUCUCAGGCACCCAAGGCGGGAACUGUUUCUGUUGCUACCGACAAUGAUACUGUUGUGGUGUCUGCCCCCGUUACAGCCAGCGUUAUUGCUCCUGUUGUCACCAGUGCCGCUAUUCCGGCUCCCAGUGUUGUGCCACCCGCCCUGGGACCACGUAGCCUCUGA